CGCGGGAGCGGGGCGGCGGGUCCCCCUCGGGCAGCCAGGCCUUGGCGCGGGAUGAGCCGCCGCGCUGCCAGCACUGCCGCCCCCGUGCAGAUUGCUAUAUGCAAUGGACACUGAUCUCAGUUCCCAGGACAGGAAGGACCUGGACAAGUUCAUCAAGUUUUUUGCUUUAAAGACGGUACAAGUGAUUGUCCAGGCCCGACUUGGGGAGAAAAUCUGUACCCGAUCAUCUUCCUCUCCAACAGGCUCUGACUGGUUCAAUUUGGCAAUCAAAGACAUACCAGAGGUCACUCAUGAAGCAAAGAAGGCCCUGGCAGGACAACUACCUGCAGUUGGACGGUCUAUGUGCGUGGAGAUUUCUCUCAAAACCUCAGAGGGGGACUCCAUGGAGCUGGAAAUUUGGUGUCUGGAAAUGAAUGAAAAGUGUGACAAAGAAAUAAAAGUUUCAUACACUGUAUACAACAGGCUGUCUCUACUGCUGAAGUCUUUGCUUGCUAUAACCAGGGUAACUCCAGCCUACAGACUCUCAAGGAAACAAGGCCAUGAAUAUGUAAUAUUGUACAGGAUAUAUUUUGGUGAAGUGCAGCUGAGUGGCUUGGGAGAAGGGUUCCAGACAGUCCGUGUUGGGACAGUGGGAACUCCAGUGGGCACCAUCACUUUGUCUUGUGCCUACAGAAUCAACCUUGCUUUCAUGUCAACCAGGCAGUUUGAGAGGACCCCUCCCAUCAUGGGGAUUAUCAUUGAUCACUUUGUGGACCGCCCCUAUCCCAGUUCUUCACCCAUGCAUCCCUGCAAUUACAGAGGUGGUGAGGACACUAGUGCAGUGUACCCCUCAGUAGAAGAUUCCCAAGAAGUGUGUACCACAUCUUUUUCCACCUCUCCACCAUCUCAGUGCGUUUUUACUGUCACAAAGGCACAUUUUCAGACCCCUCCUCCUGUGGUGACGGACACCUUGAAGGUCCCAGUGGUGGGGCUGGCCUUCUCACAUCAACUUUCCAGCUCUCGUCUUUCUUAUCAGCCUGCUGCCCUGGGAGUUGGAUCAGCUGACAUGGGGUAUCCUGUACUCCUUGCUGGUGGCUUGAAUGCUGCACACCCUCACCAGCUGAUUGGUCCAGGCAAAGAGGGGGGAGUUCCCCUGAUUCCUAGCCAGCCAGCACAUGGCACUCAAGCUGACCAAGAGAGGAUGUGCACCCCACUGGAUGGAGUCCACUACUCAGCAGCUACUCCUUCUAGUAGCGAGGACACGGAAACAGUCUCAAACAGCAGCGAGGGGAAGUGUGGCUCUCCACGUGAUCUCUUGGAGACCAUCUUUAUCCGCAAGGUGGGAGCCUUUGUCAACAAACCCAUUAACCAGGUGACCAUGGCCAACUUAGACAUUCCUUUUGCCAUGUUUGCUCCCAAGAAUGUUGAGCUGGAAGAUAACGACCCCAUGGUUAAUCCUCCUGACUCCCCAGAAACUGAAUCUCCUCUGCAAGGCAGCUUACACUCAGAGGGCUCCAGUGGCAGCAGCACAGGGAACACCCAUGAUGACUUUGUUAUGAUUGACUUUAAACCAGCAUUUUCGAAAGAUGACAUUCUGCCAAUGGACCUGGGGACAUUUUACCGUGAGUUUCAGAACCCCCCUCAACUCAGCAGCCUCUCCAUUGACAUUGGAGCACAGUCCAUGGCAGAGGAUUUGGACUCCUUACCAGAGAAGCUGGCAGUCCACGAGAAAAAUGUCAAAGAGUUUGAUGCCUUUGUAGAAACCCUGCAGUGAAGCCAUUUCCCAGUUUUGCUGCACCAGCUCCUCCUUCUCAAGGCAUUUUGGAGAAUGACGUCACCAAAUGUCCCUAUUGCCCCUGCUCUGCCUUUUAUCUCACUUUGACUAGUUCCUUCCAUCAAGGGAGCUUUCUUUGAUUGCUCUCUUUAACAGCUCAUCUGCUGAUUUUCCUCAACUGCACCACCUCACAGUCCUGGGCUGCCUUUCCUGCUCACAGCCAGUUUUGAAUUUAAAGAUUUCAGCAGGGACAUGGAAGGUCAAACUCCAACGUGUGAAACUUACUUUCUCUCCAGUCCCUGUUCUGUGUGGAGGAGCUUUGUGAAAAGGUGCCGUGUGCUUCCUCCCAAGGUCCUACGGUGUAAGUGCCCCAGGUAUAGCUCCUUGCUAACAGACUUGCACCUACAGUCUCUGAUCCUGGUAGAGCAUAGAAAGCUUUGGCUCGUUUCCAGGGUCUGUGAGUUCAGCAGAUUUCAAGAGGUUGAAGUCCAGAACAUCCAUUCCACAGAGUGGGGCAUUUCAUUCUGCCUUCAGCGUGAGUGCCUGGAGCCCAGGGAGAGACGUCAGCUCGGGGACCUGUGUAACACAAGUUAAGUUUGCUUUCUGGCUUCUGUGCAGAGCCACUGCGGGAGGCCUCAUCACGCCUUCAUGUUUCCUUCCCAAGUGCAGCACCGCUCGGCUGCGCGCAGCGACCAGCGCUGACCGCUGGCAAGCCUGCGUGUGGCAGCUGUGCUGCUGCUGAAUUCACAGGCUCUGCUUCUGAAUUGCAACUGUAAAUACUAGGAAUCCUAUUUCUUUAGGGUUAUGUAACUAGGAGUCUUAGUCCAAGAUUCUCUCCUCUAAUCCUUGCAAACCUUCCUGCUUUAUGGUUAAUAGAUGACCUUAUGAAAUAUUUAUUGCUUUUAAAGAAACCUAUAUUUAAAAGAUGUUCUGUUUUCAUGUAGUAGUGCAGGUCAUGCUGCCCUGGAUCACUGCAGACAGCAGGUGUGCCAUGGAACCCUGGCCAGUGAGACUGGUCUCGCUUUGCAGGACAAUAUCCAAGAUAUUUAUUUUCUAAGACAGACUUGAUUAUUCUCAUACAAUACUCGGGGGACUGUGUGCCCAUUGCAGCCAGUCAGGGCCCACUGAUAGAACGAAAGGCACACGGUGGUGGAGGGGCAGGGACUUGGUAACAAGCUGUGUUCUGAUAGGCAUGGGUGAAGUUGCAGUGUUCUUCAGCCAUUCAGAAAGCAGCUCCUUUAAAGAAGCACAUUUUUGGGGAGCUUAUGGUACUUUUUAAUCAGCUGGCUUUUGAUUAGCUGAGAUUUUAUUUUUCUAAUGAUCUGGCUCUCAGCAGUGUGAGUGGCUGGCAGUGCUCUGCCAUUGAUUUGGCUGUUGUAUGCAUUUGGCUGGCAGUGCUCUGCCAUUGAUUUGGCUGUUGUAUGCAUUUGCCUGACUGUAAGGGCAGGAGGAGGCACAGUUAACACUAAAUAGAAACUUAGGUAAGGUAGAAUCUUCUUGUGGUUCUCUUCUUCUCCUCCCACAUGUAACUAGAAUGAGCAACCAGAAGACCCCUUACUGUCCUAAAAUACUUUUUAUUUCUUUCUCCAGCAGUGGGGUUGCAUUGCCUCAGUACUGAGGAACCAUCUUCAUUUCCUUAGAAUGGCUGAGUAACCAGCCUUCUAGGUAGUGCAACGUGGCCGUGUCUUCAGCUGAGCUGAAGUUUCAGUUGAGAUUGCCAGCAGCUGAUGAGAGGCCAUCACCUCCUCUCUAGAACACUACUUCUUUGCCAGUGCUAGAGCAAGGAACUAAGUUCAGAGUAGAGCAACACAAUACUUUGAGCUUUACCAGUUUUUAUGUGAAGUGCUGUGUUUGAUGGGAAGCUAUGCGAGCUCAAAAACUCUAGCUAAGAGCUUUGUUGAGGAGCAGCUACCCACCAGAACCUUUUUAGCUUACUCAAUCAAUUCAACUUCUAGGGCAACCUCAUACAAAAAUGGCUUAGUCCUUGCAGGUAAGAUGCACAAACAUUUAAGAAAGCUUCCAAGACAAAUAGCUCAGAAGGGGUCCUGGGUUACACAGGCUUUACAGUUACUUGAUUCUCCAAAGCCACCUUCUUUUACAGGGGGAAAGGGCUGCAGAGGGGUACUGGAACACAAGGAAUGAAUGGCUCACCUCUGCUCAGGAAGCUGGUCUCUGUCACCUUGUAGAAAAUGGCUCACGGACAGGUGGUCACCAUCACCUCUUACCAUACAGGCUGUGCUUGGGCAAGUUGUACCAUGUGGGCUGCAAAGCAGCAGAGGUGUGGUGAAGUGCUGGUUCUUCUCCAUGAGUACAUAAUGUUGAACUUCACCUAGGCAGUGCUGCUGCUGUCCUCUUCUCAGGCUGACAAGCUGUGGAGCUGGCAGAAAUCGUGCCAUUCUUGCUAAUCCUUUCUAGAAGGUUUCCCUGAGGCAAAUACUUGUUCAGUUGUUAAUGCAGUUCCUCACAUAGCUACAGCUCCCACAUCAUAAGGCAGGAGGCCAGUGUGGCAUGGUUCUCUUCUUCUUCAAAAGGCUGGAAACUGGCCUAUGUAAGCUACUAGUGUUGAGCUGGAUGGCCACAGCAAUAAGAGACUCUCUAGGGCUGAGUUAUGUGCCUCUUUUCUGGACAUUCCUCAGUUUCAACACGUAGUUGCUACAUCUAGGCUCUGAGUUCCCUGCCCAUGGCACAAAUGCUCAGCUUCAGGAAAGAUCUAGCUGCUGCUGUGGCCUGCCCCAGGCUGUGUUAUUAAGGCUGUUUCAGCAGCUGUCUGCUUGAUGCUAUAUUAAGGACAGUAUGGAUGGAUGGAUGUAGCUGCUGCUUUACAGAUACUUUGGGUGAAGGGGAAGGCUCCUAAAUUGUAUUGUUUUGGAAACAGUCUCCACUGUACUUCAAGUAUUCAAAGAAUUUCCAAUAAAACUUUUAUGUAAGCAA